AUGAAAGCCCAAUUCAACCAGCUAGCAAGGCUCGCUCCUUUGGGCUUGCUCUGCCUCUUGACACAGGUUGUCGAGGCGUGCCCUUCCGUUUCUUCGUCUACUCUCAAGCCUAGAUUUGCGCACCAACAUCAUCAUGCUCGUGCUGUCGACUCAGGCGCUGCCGUAGCUGGCUCCUGCAAGCUCAAGCCGACUUCAGUGGAUCUCAGCGAGGGUAUCGGUGCUACAGAUCAGACUUUUGCCCCAAGCACAGGCACCCUCAACGCCUACAUGAUUUUCGUUGACUUCCCUGAUGCACCGGCCUCAGAAGCCACCGAUGAAUUGCACCAGCUCUUCAUUCCCGGUGCACCAGACUGGUACUCCAACUCCUCCUUUGGUCAACUUACCCUCAACGUCACUGCCGACAAAUCCCGCUUCUAUCGCAUGCCCGUGGCCUCCAGCACCUACGCCUACGACCGAGAGAUUACCUCUGAGCUUCUCGCAAAGUACAUCCAAGACGCGCUCAACUCGGUCGGCACGACCAUCAACUUCGCUGGCACCGAUGUUCUCUACAUCGUCCCGACCAAGGCAGCAAAGCACAUCUCGUUCUCGCCUACAUACAUGGGCGAAUUGACGGCCGGGGAUGGGACUGUGAUCAGUAAGACUGUCACCUUCGGCCAAGACGCUCCUGACGCAUGGGGCUUCCUGGUCAUGAACCACGAGACCGGACACACAAUGGGUUUGCCGGAUCUGUAUCCCUCAGAUGGUUCUGGCGCCAGCACCACUGUGUGGGUUGGCGGGCAUGACAUUAUGGGUUUGAUUAGCGGGGCGCUUCCGGAUUACUUUGCAUGGCACAAGUGGAAGUUGGGAUGGUUUUCCGAUGAUCAGUUUGAUUGUGUGAGCGGCGCUGGAUCGACAACUCACACCAUUACCCCCGUUGGAACCAAGGAGGGCGUCAAGGGAGUCGUUGUGAGGCGGGAUGAGACCACUGCUAUUGUCGCCGAGGUAAGAGCCAAGGCUGGCGCGGAUAGCAAGGCUUGCAGUGCAGGAGUGCUUAUCUACACCGUAUCAACAUCCCUGGCUUCGGGACAAGGUCCAAUUCGGGUUCAUGAUGCAACCCCAAGCUCUGGUGGUUGUGAAGGGGAUGAACUCAAUGAUGCCCAUUUCACGACCGAGGCGGACCGGAAAACGUUUGCCUCGGGAGAUGGAGUGACAAUCACUGUGGUUGGGCAGAAGGGAGAUGAUUAUACCGUUACAGUUGAGGUGGUGUGA